AUGGUCAAGGAAGAGCAUAAAGAUUGGGAUGAAGUAAAAAAAGGCAUCAUUCUAACUUCGUACUACUAUGGUCAUCUUUUUACUCAAAUCGCUGGAGGCAUGAUGGUGUCAAAAAUUCCUGAUUUUAUUGUUUUUGGAUCUGGAGUCUUGCUGACGUCUAUUCUUACUUUAGUUUCUCCUGUAUCACUAAAAGCAAAUUUUGAAACGUUUGUUACAUUGCGCGUAAUAAUGGGAUUAAUUGAAGGAUAUACAAUGCCAAGCAUGUAUCAAAUUUGGUCAAAAUGGGCUCCACCAUUCGAAAGAACAAGAAUGUGUGGAUUGCAAUAUGCUGGACAUUAUAUAGGAAUUAUGAUGUCAAUGUGUACUUGUGGUAUUAUUGCUGAUUCAUUUGGAUGGCAAACUGUUUUUUAUAUUUAUGGAGGUAUUGCAUGUUUAUGGUCAGUCAUUUGGUUAGGACUUGUUCGUGGAAGUCCUGACAAUGAUUAUUUUAUAAGCGAUGAAGAGAAGGAAUACAUCGCAGCAAGUUUGACAGACAUUGAAGAACUGCCAAAACAGAAAAGUUUUCCAUUUAAAGCAAUUCUCACAUCUGGUCCAUUUUGGGCUAUUGUUGUAGCACAUUUUGCUGAAAAUUGGGGACUUUUUACAAUGCUGACACAAUUGCCAUCAUUUUUGAAAGAUUACAAUGACUAUUCUAUCUCUGAUACUGGUUUUGUGGCUUCAAUUCCAUAUCUUGUGUUUGGUGUUGCACUUCUACUAGCUGGCAUUCCAACAGAUUAUCUUCAAGAAAAAGAAACACUCACAACUACUCAAAUUCGAAGGUUUUUUAGCUGCUUUGCUUUUUUGGCACAAGGAAUUUUUAUUAUGACUGCUGCAUAUAUGCCUAAUUCAAUGGUCUUAAUAGCUUUUAUAUCUCUAGGAGCUGGAUUUGGAGCACUUUCGACUUGUGGAUACGCUUUAAACCACUUAGAUAUAGCUCCACAAUAUGCAUCUUUUAUUAAAGGAAUAAGCAAUGCAAUUGGAACAUUACCAGCAAUUUUUGCACCCAUGACUGCAAGCUUUCUAGUUAAAGAUAAAAAGAAUCUAAGUCAAUGGAAAAAUGUGUUCAUAAUAACAGCACAUAUUUAUUUUGCUGGAUGCAUUAUUUAUUGGUUUUUUGCAUCUGGAGAGAUUCAACCUUGGGCAAAAGAAGUAGUCCAAGAAAAUAUUGAAGUAUCAACUGUAAGCAAAUCUGGAAAAAAGUCAACAAAAGAAAAUGCGAAAAAGCCUAGAAAUAAAAAUGAAAAUGACGUGGAAAAGGUUGAACGACAAGCUCCUAAAAUUCGUAAGGCUGGCAAAAAGAAAUCAAAAUACAGACAAAUUACAACGAACGAGACGAAGCUAUCAAAAUUUUAUGAUAGAGUUACGACUUAUUUUUCUAAGAUUUUCAAAUUUUAA